GCGGUUCAGUUCGCAAACGAGUUUCACGCCGAACGGACGCUCGCGCUGCGUUUCGCUUCGAAAUACUAUACUAUACUAUACUAUUCUCUCCACCACCACCACCCCCUGUCUCUCUCGGCGUUCUCUGGGUCGCGAAGAAUUCUUCCUACCGAAGAAUUCGCCCAUGCUCCCAGCGUCCAAGUGCAUUUGUUUACAUAUCCGAUCCGAAAGAUAUCUGAUAGGAACGUCGCGAGUGUUGGUGUUUCUCCAUUUCUCCUCGAAAUGUUGCCUUAAAAAAUACAUCUAUUUUUUUUACAAUUUUUUUUUUUAAACCAAAAAAAAGUGAUUACCAAAAAAAUAAAACCGGCAGAAAAAGUAAAUCGAAAAAUAGUGUACUAGGUGUGUUGACACUUGAGAGACACCGAUGCAUGUGAACUGACAGGAAGUGGAGCGCCAUUAAGACCAUCACAUCAAAAGGCAGUUAGAACCAUGGCACAGAGCUCGGCCCAAACUGUUCUUUUUUUUUUUGGCUAAUUGAGGUCGUUGUCUAGAUUUCGCAGCAAAGAAAUCGCACGCCAUUUUCUAGCAUGCUCUAGGAAUAUUACGAAACUUUAAAGAUAACCGAUUACCGCGAUCGAAAUAAUUAUUUUUAAAAACGAUUUCAAACGAAAGGAAUUACCAACAAAAAAAAAGGGAAAGGGAAACGGAAGUAAAGGUGGAAACGGAAACGGAAACAGAGCGAGCAAAAAUAAGUCAAAGAGAGCCACGCCCAGAAACAUGAGCAGCAUGAAGGGCGGCUUCUCAACAUUAAAUCGCUGGUUUGGCCGCAAAAAGGACAAAUCCAGCUCCGGCAACUCCUCCAUCGGCAAGCUGUCCAAGUCGACGACACAACUUCACCAUCUGUCCACCGACACGGACAUCAAUGAGACUAGUCAACUGGAAUACAACCGGAUCACUCCGGUGCCCGCCGCCACCAGUAACGCCCCCUUCGAGCAGACCUUCCGGAUCACCGUCCUGCUCCCCAAGGAUCAGCUCUUCGUGGCGCGCCUGGGCGCCCGGGUGCCGCUCAGCAAGCUCCUGGCGCUCGUUUGCGACAACAAGCAACUGGAUGCGGAAAAAUACGAGUUCCGGAGUCCAGUGGACGCUAGUCAGGUGUACAGUUGCGAGUCCACAAUCGGAGCCGUGGGUCUCUCCGAGAUCCGGCUGUGCCACAAGUCGGAGUCGUACGACAACUUCAAUCCGGAUGCCAUGCACAAGUUCCAUCGCACUGGGAUAGCCCGUGACUCGCUGAGCAGCAGUUCCGAUUUCAGCAGCAGCCGGAACUCAAAGAUCACGGCCAAGACACCGAGUCCGUACAGUUCGAGCAACUCCCUCAACUCAACUCCCUCAAUGGACUCCACGGGGAUGAACUACACCCGGACACCGGUGGUGCCACCGGCCAAAGUCCUGGCGCCGCCGCCCCGCAAGAAGCGAGCGGCUCCGCGGCCGCCCAGCCAGAUUUGCAUUCCGGAGCAGUCCGUUCCGGAGAUACCCUCGAAUCCUCCUCCAGCUACUGUGGCGGCACCCGCUCCUGCUCCUCUGAAAUCGGAGCCAGCUUACGCGGUGAUUGUGAAGCGUCCCCAGCUCCAUAUGUCCACGCCGAAUCUAUCCGGAAAUCCAGAGCUGGACUGCAACGGUAACAGCGCCAAGGGUGUCAUCCGACAGGAGUUGGACUCACCGGACGGUCACUACGCCACGCUGGACUUGAAGCCCCUACCCGGUUCUGGAGGUCCGGAACCCACGCCCCGGAAACGGCUCAUUCAGAUUAAGAAGAAAACGGCGCCGGCUCCUCCGCCCGAGCAUCUGAGUGGCGGGGACACGGUGUCCCUAGCUUCACUGCCGGAAGUGGUGACUCCUUCCACUCCGGUGAAUGGCAAUGUCCCCCAACCGGCACCCAGGAUCACCACGCCCCUGCCAGUGGCCAGUAGUCCGCCGGUCUUGGAGAACGGCAUGGCAGCCACACAGAACGGAAACGUCUCCAAAGUGCUACUGAACCGGACUCCCACCCCAGAGCCCCGAUCUCUGGGCAGUGCCGCCGACGAGGACGACAACGAUGCAGCCUCCAAGCAAGCGGAUUCCGGAAUUGGAGAGCCAGCUCCAUCUCCUUCCCCUGAACCGGAGGUGGAACUGGAUCUGGAGACCAAAUCGCAGCAGGAAUCGAGCUCCGAAGACGACGAAGCCAUCAAGGUGUACAACUUCAAGCUGUGCAAGACGUCCUCCUCGAAGGUUGAACCUCCAGUGGCCACCAGUCUGGCGGAACUGGCCGCUCUCAACAAGGAGGAGGACCCGACCGAGGAGGAGGAGCCAGCUGUGGCCACACCCAAUGGGAAUCUGGCCACGCCCGGCAGCACCAGCGAGCUGACAUCGCUCUCCUCGUGGAACUACUCGGUGCCCAUAUCGCCGCCACCGGACUUCUCCGACAGCCGAGCAUCCCAGGCAAAGGCAAGCGCUGGUAACCGGAGUCCCGGCUCGCCGCUGGACGAGAUCGUGGACGAGCUGUCGGCCAUCAUCAACCAGCAGAAGCUGGACACCCUCAUCAGGAAGCAACAGGAGUCCACAGAGAUCGAGGCGGCCAAGCCGAGUCGUUUGGCCAACUUCAGCAUUGCCACGGCCAAGACCACGACGCGGGUGACCAGGGCGGACUCCUUCCAGGCCGUGACCUCCCCAGAGACGCCCUCAGCUAGUCCUGGGGAGGGCCUGAGCCUGCGCAGCACCUCCCACGUCUCGCUGAACAAGCUGGAGCAGAACGGCUAUCCGUUGGGCCAGAGGCGCUCCUCCAGCGAGCUGAGCAUCGGCGAGUCGCCCUCCCUCCAGAGUCUGGAGGUGAUCAAGACCAUACUGAACUCCCGGAAGAACAGCCUGGCGGAGAGCGCCGGCAGCAGCAGUCCCGUGGCGGAGCAACCAAAGAUUCCAAGUCCCUCGGUGGAGCAGCAACUGGCCAAAGAACCAAAGAACCUGGUCAAGGAUGCGAGUCCAGUAGCACCACCAAAGCCUCCACUCUCCUCGACCGUUAGGGAGAAGGUGGUGGAGUCUCCUAAGCCUGUCCAGAAAGUAGUAACUUUUCCGGUUGUUGAGAAGAAGGACUCCCCGAAGCCUGUCCAGAAGGUGUCUGCUUCUGUGGUUCUCGAGUCAGCUCCUGUGGUGAAAGUCAAACAGGAACCACUGCCAGAGCCUGUCCAGAAACCCACUGUCGCCAAGGAGCCAUCACCACCACCCGUAGAGAAGCCAGUCGCCGAACAAUCCUCACCAGCUUCACCCCGGAGCCCUGUGGCCCUGCGAGAGCCCAGUCCAAAGCCCGUCAAAAAGGAGGUGGUGGAAUCCUCGCCAGGAUCGAAGCCCCUGCCGCCCAGCUACCGCUACUCCGGUCCGCCCAGCAUCAACUUUGCCACGUGGAGCGAGCGACCCAAGUCCCAGGUGGCGAUCAAGAACGAAGGUGACUACAUCUUCGGUGGAGCAGGGAAAUCCCAGACGGUGUCCCCGCCGCCGGCCAAGCUCACCAUCGAAGUGGCCUCGCCCAUUCUCAGGAUGGGCAUUCCGCAGCGGAAGGAGUACCAUGUUCCCAUCACGGUGAAGCCUCUGAGGGAUGUGGUGCCGGAAGCUCCUCAGGAGACGGAAGAGGUGGCCAAAAAAGUGGAAAAGGUGGAAGUUCCAGCCACGAAACCCAGCCAAGUCCAGUCCUCGACACUGCCGCGACCUGCCAAGACCAAUCGCUUCACCCUCCCAGCCGGCAAUCACAUCCAGGUGGUGUCCACCACCUCCUCCAGCUCCGCCAGCAGCUCUGCCAGCAACUCCCUGCCCCGACCCGUCUCCAGUCUGGAGCGGAACAAGCCCGUGGAGGCGACACCCACACCCUUCGGUCAGAACACCUUGCGACGCACGGGCUUCAAGGAGCGGAUGCUGGCCAAGGAGCAGCAGGAGCAGGACAAGGCCAGGAGCUCUAGGGUAAUGGUAAAUGGAACAUCAGCUUCUCCUGCUCCCGCAGCAGCUCCUGCUCCGGCUCCAGCUAAAGCUCCAACUCCUGCUCCAUCAGUAGCUCCUGCAGCAGCUCCCACAACCACAUCCCCGCCAGCCACAUCUCCCAAACCGGUCACCUUUCUGAAAACCAACAAAGUUGAGUUGAAACUGAAACCGGAAACGGAAACGGAAACGAAGCCGGAAGCUGUGACCCUGCAGGUGAAGCUGCGUCCCACAUCCCAGCCAGCAGCCGUAGUAGCAGCAGUUCCGCCCCCACCUCCGCCACAACUGGGCCUGUCGCUUAAGCCCGUCGUCGUCAAGUCCAAGGAGGCGGGACGCAGUGCAUCCGCCGGCACCACACCCACCACACCCGAUCCGCGCUCCCAGCUCCUGGAGGCGAUACGGAACUUUAAGCGUGAAGAGCUCAACCGAUCCUGAACCGAUCCCUCCUGUCCAGUCACAGUCGAAAUCCCAAAGGUCCUGCGCGCACAAAUUUCCCAUUUUUUUUUUAUUAAUUGUUAAAAAAUUUGUGUACCAAGUACCUUUACAAAAAAAAAAAAAACACAAAAAUUGUAAAUAAUUCCGCAGCCUUCACAUUUUUCUGUAUUUUUUUUUUUAACUUAAUCUUAGUGUUUUGUUAUGAACUAUUUAGUUUUUUUUUUUAUAUUGAAAGCAUUGUUUUAGUCAUUAGGUCACAAAAAAACGCCCUGCCCCGCCCCCUUUCAGCCUCCAAUCCACACAAAAAAGUGAAAAAAAAAAACAAUUCAGCGAAUGCAAAGCAAAAGCGAAACUUUAAUCUUUAUUUCUUAUAUAAUUAUAUAUAUAUAUAUUAAAAAUAUGCCUAUAUAUUAUUAUUUUGUAUGUCAUAGUGAAAUAUAGUAACCAAUUUUCUAACCAAUGGGACUGGUCUACUUAGUCGUGUCAAAAAACAAAAAACAAAAACUAAAAUAUAAAAAACCAACAACCUACUAAUAGCACAAAAAAAAGCGAUUUAAUUAAUGCUUAUAAAUUAUUCUAAAGCAUAAUAAAUAAAAACACAAUGUAACUGGCAGUAAAUGCAUUUAGAGAGCAUUGUAUAUACAUACUUGUAUGGCAUUGUAUUAAAAUAAAACAAA